GCUCUGAAACAAUCCAAGUACUAAAGCAGGUGACUUGAACUUCAAAAUAAUCCUACUUAUCUGCAUUAAUCAUGCCAAGAGUACAACAACAGCAGCAGAAAGGUACAAGCAUGGAGGAGAUCAUAAAGAAGGGGGCAUGGUCUCCAGAGGAAGACCAAAAACUGAGAGGUUAUAUCAUGAAAUAUGGCAUCUGGAAUUGGAAACAGAUGCCCAAAUUUGCAGGGCUUUCAAGAACGGGGAAAAGUUGUAGACUACGAUGGAUGAAUUAUCUCCGCCCUGAUGUUAGGAGAGGACCCUUUACCAUGGAAGAAGUCGAAAUUGUCAUCAAAACUUAUCAGGAACUUGGAAAUAGCUGGUCAGCAAUAGCUGCGAAAUUGCCUGGAAGAACAGACAACGAAGUUAAAAACUUCUUCCACACACACUUAAAGAAGCAUCUUGGACUGAAAAAUCAUGAUGCUCCAUUGAAAACCAGGAAAAGCCGCAAACAAACCAAAGAAGAUGAGAAGGAAAAUAGUACUCGAGGAAGACUUGUGCUUGAAACGAGCAAUAACAGCAGUUCAUUAACAACAGGUGUUUGUUCACCCUGCAGCAGCACUAUUACAUGUGAAGAAAACCAAAUGAUGGAUCCUUUUGUGAAUUUCUCACAAACUUUUGUAGAUUGUUAUAACAACGUUACUUCACUUGUUGUCGAUCAACAAGUCUCCGACAUGGAAAACACAUGUACAAAUAUUGGUGUUGCCCAGACAUAUUCCAUUCCCCAUGGUUCUGCUGUUAACUCCUUCGACCAAUUCGAUAUGAAUUCAUUCUGGAUUGAUGUACUUGGAAAUAUCUGAACAUCUUACGUUCUAAAACAUGUUACAACUUAGAACCCA